UCCUCCGUUCUCUAUCCCGGAAGUUGACGCAGCGCGACAGAGCUGGGACUGUUUGGCUGCGGAGCAUCCUUUCAGGUGGUUCGCGCUGGGCCUCCUGGAACGCCAAGAUGCCUCUGGCUAGAGAUUUAGUGCAUCCAUCCCUAGAGGAUGAAAAGAAGAAACAUAAAAAAAAACGCCUGGUUCAGAGUCCAAAUUCUUACUUUAUGGAUGUCAAGUGUCCAGGCUGCUACAAGAUCACCACAGUCUUCAGUCAUGCUCAGACAGUGGUUCUUUGUGUAGGCUGCUCAACUGUGUUGUGCCAGCCUACAGGAGGAAAGGCCAGACUCACAGAAGGUUGCUCAUUUAGAAGAAAGCAACAUUAAUGACAUUCAGCUUCAUGAACUGGACAUAAUGUAUAUCUCAGAAAGCCUUAUCUGUUCGGCAAUCCAAGCAAAUAAUUAAAUUUGACUUCGUAAGGUAUAUAACAAUGGUCUCCUGUUUUGGAGUCUGUUUUACAUUAAAAUUUUAAUUACAUGCAAAA